GCUUCAGAGGCAAGAAGAUGGUCAUGCACGACUCAAGCGCUGUAUAUUGAUUGGUGAUCACCACCAGCUACCUCCCGUAGUGAAGAAUAUGGCUUUCCAGAAAUAUAGUCACAUGGAUCAGAGUUUGUUCACGAGGUUUGUUCGUCUUGGUAUUCCUUAUAUUGAGCUCAAUGCUCAAGGAAGAGCAAGGCCAAGCUUAGCUAAACUCUACAACUGGCGAUACAGAGAUUUGGGAGACCUUUCUAUUGUUAAGGAAGCACCCAUCUUCCACAGGGCAAAUGCUGGACUCUCAUAUGAAUAUCAAUUGGUAGAUGUGCCUGAUUAUGAGGGGAAGGGAGAAUCAACACCAUCUCCAUGGUUUUAUCAAAAUCAGGGAGAAGCUGAAUAUAUCGUCAGUGUCUACAUAUACAUGAGAUUGUUAGGAUAUCCUGCGAAUAAGAUAUCAAUAUUGACUACAUACAAUGGUCAGAAGCUCUUAAUCCGUGAUGUUAUCAACCGUCGAUGUGCUCCCUAUCCUUUCAUUGGCCCGCCAAGCAAGGUGACUACAGUGGAUAAGUUCCAAGGACAGCAGAAUGAUUUUAUUUUGCUGUCUCUUGUUCGGACACGCUUUGUGGGUCAUCUACGUGAUGUAAGAAGGUUGGUAGUUGCAAUGUCACGUGCUCGGCUCGGUUUGUAUGUGUUCUGCCGCCGUUCUCUCUUUGAACAGUGCUAUGAGCUGCAACCAACGUUUCAGCUUCUUCUUCAAAGACCCGAUCGGCUAGGACUCAAUCUUAAUGAGAACACAGCUUAUACAGAUCGCACGGUGGAGGAAGUUGAAAACCCUUAUUUUGUUCAUGAUGUUGAAGAGAUGGCACACAUAGUUCACGAUAGGAUGAACCAGUUCUACCAGGCACAAGGAGUAUAUGAGCAAUACCAGAACAACAUGCCACAGAUGGAAGAUGGUAAUGAGGACAUGGAGAGUGAUUCAGUAGUAGAAGCUGUAGAUGGUGAUGAAUCUGAGAAAAAUACGCAGCAGCUAAACCAAGCCCCAGACAAAGACGGUGAAUCAUCAAAGGAGGUGGCUGGAAUGGAAGUGGACAAUAAUGGAUUUAGCAGUGAGAAUGGAAAGGCUGAUGAGAAUUAGGACAAAUCAAACUGGGAAUAUAUCAAAUUUAUCCCACUCGGAAGUUGAUAAGUGAGUUGAUGUUUAUAACAAAUGAGGGCAUUUGUAGCUACUUUAAGAUAUUUUUACUCAAUUUUGAGUAAAUUCGAAUUUUUAAAAUCGAAUUGACAAUAUGCUGGAGAAAACGACUCCAUUUUGUUA